AGAGUGCAUCGCGUUACUCAAACAACGAUCGUGGGGCGAACACGAGGAGAAGGUGCAUUUCGAAAGCGGUGUCAUGUGCGGGAUUGGCGUCUACAACUUGAUUAUCUCAUCGCUUCCGCAAAAAGUUUUGAAUCUCUUGGAAUUCAUCGGAUUCCACGGUGAUGAAACCACUGGGGAACAACUAUUAGUCCAACAGACGGAGAAGUUCGAAGGCUUCAUGUCGCUUUUCAGCUGCAUUGCUCUUCUAGUGCAUCAGAGCUACCUCCAUUAUAUUUUCGGAAAUGGCGACUGUAAUCUCGAGAUGGUCGACAAAGUUGUCCAGCAGUUCAUCGGUAAAUUCCCGAAUGGAGCCAUCGGUCUCUACUUCCAAGGUCGAGCGCAUCAGAUUCACGGUCGCAUCGAACGCGCUCUGGAACAAUUCGAAGAAGCAAACAAGGUGAUGGACGACUUCAUCCCCUUUGACGCGUUCUUCAACUGGGAUCACGCCUACCUAUAUUGCGUGCUGGGUCGUUGGGACGAUGCUCUGAGGGUUCUGGACGAUCUGCAUCGGAAAUGCAGCUGGUCGGAGGCGACGUCGUUUUACUUGAAGGGAGUCUGUACCUACAUGAAAGAGAUCGAGGGCAACAUCAACAAUAACGCCUCCGGCUCACUAGAAGGUGUUCACGACUUGAUGUCCAAAGUUGCACCUUCCUGCAAAAGAAUAGCCGGCCGUACAAUUCCGCUCGAAGUAUUCUGCUCGAUGAAAGCUCGCACUUUCCUGGAGCGCGGUCGACUCACGCUUCCCCACUAUGAACUGAUGUACCUGUGGGGCUUCUUCAACAUGUUCUCGAAGAACAAUGACACACUGUCGAAAGUGAAGGCAGAAAUCGAGACUGAGGUGGCUCGUAUCAGGGCUUCGUACGAGAACGACGCUGCCUAUCUCCCAGAUUGGUGUCUCGUCAGGUUCUUGCAAGGCGUUAUUCUCCGGUACGAGAAAAAGCUCGGCGCCGCUGAGGCAGCUUUCAGAGAAGUCAUCAUGCACGGUCCGGAGUUGGGAGACGAGAUUCACGUGUCUGCUUUCUCCUCUUUGGAGAUGGGCUUACUGUACAUAGACGACGACAAUCUGGCAGAAGCGAAGGAGCAAAUCAAGAUCACGAGACAAUACAGAGGAUUCCCGCUCAGCAUACCUCUGUCUUUCAAAGUUCACUCAGCGUAUAAGCAAGUUAAGCGACUGCUAGAAGAAGACCCGUGCGACCAGGAAGACAACUGUUGAAGUCCUGGUGCUGCCCGCAGCAACCAAUCGCCAUGUUCAAUCAUAUUCUCAAUGAGACGGCUAGCUAAUCGAUUAAUCAAACAUCAUCAUACCUCGAAAAGAUGGAGAGUUGAUAUUGAUGCAUGUCAAUUACGUGUCCAUGAGUAAACUUGAGC